GCCGACCAGGCAGAGGCAUGCACUUGCUUUUGUCUCGACCCCAGAAAGGCUCAUAUUCGCUCGUUCUUCUUACAGGGCAUUCACUGUUUGGGUAUGUAUCAUACUCACAAACAUUAGUUCCGAGAAGGAUGCUAAUAAACCUUUCAGAAUCCGAACAUUCAUUCAUUCUACAGGUGGCCAAGCCUCUCUGGCCAUUCGUCGCUGCUUCAGGCAUCACGUUAUAUCUCGUUUCAAAGGCACAGGAGGCAGGCGUGAAAUCGGAGGAGUUCCGUAACGACCCUCGUAACCCCUACGCUGCUCAAGUCGCCAAGGAGAGCCAACACCACUAGUUUCAAUACCGUGUAUAACGUUGGAGUCCAGAGUCUAAUGAAUACAUUCGAUUGAGCUUC